CCAAACGAUAAACUCAACCUUGUUCAUUAUUGUGACAUCAAAGUCACAUAAAAACACAAAAUGGAAUAAUAACAGAUACUAUACUAAUUGGAAAGACAAGAAGAAAAAACAGAUAUUUUUGGCUUAGAAAUUCACAUAAGUCAAAAAUACAGUCCAAAUUUCCUUAACUUCAAAGAACCAAAACAAUUUAUAGUACCUUUGAAUUUGAUGGUAUCUUGAAAGUUAAGGAAAUCAAGUAAGAUGGAUUCUACAUAAGACAGUUCAUAAUUAGACCAACAAGUGAUGGCAUCUGCAGAAGCUAGAGCUGGUUAUGCAGUUAAUCAAUGUUUCACACGAGAUUUCAGUAUGUCCCCUUCUGAUUAUCAAUCUCCGGUUUCGAAAAAAUUGGAACCUGAUUUUAUUCAUAGUGAUGAUUCCACUGAUUCUGACAUGAAAUGGUGGCUACAUGUCAAAACCAACUUGGAUGGAGAUGCAAAUUAUACAUGUCAACAUCUUAAUUCCUGGGAGUCUAAGUUCGAUGCUUUUAAUAUCGGGAGCGAUCGAUCUGUCAAAAAUGUUGAUUCUCUUUCAUGUGUUGGAAGUUUUACUAAUAGUAUUGCUUUAGAGCAGCAAUGGAAUGUGUAUUCUAGAUGUGUGAAGAAAACCAAUGAUACUCGAGUGACGAAAAUCGAGGCUGCUUUGAACGAUGACUUGUAUUUGACACCUAAGAAGAAAAAUGAAGGCGAAUUCUGGUUUUCGGAUGAUGUUACUGGUUUCUUGGACUCAAAAAAAAGUAAAAGUACAUCAUCUGAUUCGGAAACACAGUGGUUGCGAGCUGAAACAACUCGGCCUUGGUGGCACACUACAGGGAAAGACGACUUAGGUUACUUGAUUGCCAAGAAAUCUCCCGAGUAUAUUGAGAACUGCGAUCUCCCAGAGCCUAACAUUAAGCCUUUAAGGAAAAUACAAACUCUUCCCCGAAGAGGUAUCGAUAAGGAGGAUAUUCCUUUGUUGUCUUUAAACCAAAAAUCGGAUAUGUGUUCUUCUGAUGCGAAUGGUUGUACGUCUACAACCGUGACUUCUGGCUAUUCAUUUCAGGAUUCAGACAGAACUUUCAGUUCAAUUGAGAGCAAAGACCCUGAUUCAAGCAACAACAAAGAUAGCCACAUGAGUACCGAGAGCACGGCCAAGGCAGAGCUACUGAAAGCCUUAUGCCGAUCCCAAACUCGGGCGAGAGAGGCAGAAAAAGCAGCACAGGAAGCCUGCAACGAGAAGGAGCAAAUAUCGUCUCUAUUUUACAAACAGGCUUCACAACUGUUUGCUUAUAAGCAAUGGCUACAUGUUUUGCAGCUGGAGAAUCUAUGUCUUCAGUUCAAGAAUAAAAACCAGCCAUUGAUGGACAAUCUCUUUACCUAUAAGGCCGGAAAACAACACAGGAAGAAUCGACGAAAGAAUAGAGAUAGAAGACGAGGGAUCGGAAACUGUGUUUUUGCUUUCGCCGUUGGUUUGGCUCUUGCUGGUGCAGGUUUUUUUCUUGGUUGGACCAUUGGAUGCAUGUUUCAGUCCUCUUAAAUGCCACUAUCUAUUCUAAUGAAUUGCUAAUUUAGUCUCUGAAAUUGUAGCAUGUUAUGAAGAACAACCUCUGCACAUAUACAGUUUUAUAUUCUUUAGAUUACUAGAUUGUUAGUUUGUGAUAGACUUUGUACUAGUAAAAUUUAUAAAUCCAUUGGAAUUCCUCCACCA